AUGGAUUUUAUCCUACAAACAGAAUUACCAAGAGGUUCCAAAGUCCCCAAGUUCACAAAAUUCUCAGGGGAUACUAGUGAAUCGACUGUAGAACACAUAGCCAGAUACUUGACUGAAACAGGGGAUCUGGAAAAUACUGAAAACCUAAGAAUAAAAUAUUUUCCUAGUUCGUUAAUAAAAAAUGCAUUUACAUGGUUUACUACUUUGCCACCAAACUCUAUAGAUGCAUGGCCUCAUCUAGAAAUAAUGCUUCAUGAGCAGUUUUACAUGGGGCAGACUAAGAUAAGUCUUAAAGAAUUGGCUAGCUUUAAAAGAAAGUUUACUGAACCUAUAAAUGAUUAUCUGAAUUGGUUCCGUUUAUUGAAGUCUAGAUGUUUUACAGUUGUGCCUGAAUAUGAAUUAGUUGAAAUGGCAGCAGACAGAGUUCGACAAGUCGAAGGAUUGAAGGCUGAAAAGGCCAGAGCGAAUAAAAGUUAUAAAAAGGAGAGAGUUGCAUAUGUCGAAGCCGAAGAUGAGGAAUUCGAUACAUUUGAUAAUUCCUAUAACUAUGAGGAAGUCGAAGUAGAUUUGGCUGAAUUAAAAGAGGCACCUCCAUAUGCUUGUAAAAUGCUCACUCAUUCGAAUGGUGGAAACCCUGUCGAAGUAGAGAAGAAUGGCACAUUUCCUAAGAAAACAUACACAUUUGAUGUUACUAAUUGCGAUGAAAUUUUCAAUUUAUUUGAUGGUCAUUUGAAGUAUGCUGAUAAAGGGAAAGGAAACAUGAAGCUCGAUGAUGAUCCUCUCCAUGUGGCUGCUACCAAUUAUGCUGAAUCAGUCGAAAUCAACAUGGUGGACAUGGUCGAGGCUAGAGAGAAUGAAACUAUGAAGGUAGCAAUUAUCUCAAAAGGAAAGCAGGCUACUGAAAGCCUAAAUGAUGACAUGACCUUCAACACUGAUGUCGAAGGUUCCUCUGCAUGA